GGGACCGGCGGGGCUGAGCCGCGCCGGGGGAGGUUGAGGGGUUGCGGGAAGGCGGUAGGAGUAGCGGCGGGAGCCCGGCCCCGGAUUUCCAUGGUGCCGGGGGCCGUGUGGAUUACCCCGCCGUGAAGCGGGGAGCCGGCACCCCCGAGGAGGUCGGGAGGCACCGGAACUGCGAGGUUUGAACCAUGUGAGGGACAUUGCUGGGGCACAGGACACACGCGGAGAACACGAAGUUUGCCUUUCCCAGGAUGGAUCAGAGGAAGACCUGGCCUCGGGUACUGGACUCCGAUGGCUGGUCAGUGGCUUUGCUCUGUCUCUUCCUGGCAUCGCUCUCCAGAAAUGUGUCCAGCAAUGCCUUGUUCAGCACUUUCCACUCUGAGAACCGGGACUGGACGUUCAACCACCUGACUGUCCACCAAGGCACUGGAGCAGUCUACGUUGGAGCUAUCAACAGGGUUUACAAGCUUUCGGGUAACCUGACCAUUUUGGUGGCUCAUAAAACUGGUCCUGAGGAGGACAAUAAAUCCUGCUACCCACCCCUCAUCGUCCAGCCAUGCAGCGAGAUCCUUACUCUAACCAACAAUGUCAACAAGCUGCUGAUCAUUGACUACUCUGAGAACCGGCUGCUGGCUUGUGGCAGCCUCUACCAGGGGGUCUGCAAGCUGCUGCGCCUGGAUGACCUCUUCAUCUUGGUAGAACCCUCGCACAAAAAGGAGCACUACCUCUCCAGCGUCAACAAGACAGGCACGAUGUAUGGUGUGAUCGUGCGCUCGGAAGGUGAAGAUGGGAAGCUCUUCAUUGGCACGGCAGUGGAUGGGAAGCAGGAUUACUUCCCCACCCUCUCCAGCCGGAAACUUCCCCGCGACCCGGAGUCAUCAGCAAUGUUGGAUUAUGAGCUCCACAGUGACUUUGUCUCAUCCCUCAUCAAAAUCCCCUCAGAUACCUUGGCCCUUGUUUCGCACUUCGACAUCUUCUACAUCUAUGGUUUUGCCAGCGGCAACUUCGUCUAUUUUUUGACUGUCCAGCCAGAGACCCCAGAGGGUGUCUCCAUCAACUCUGCCAGUGAUCUCUUUUACACGUCUCGCAUCGUCCGUCUCUGCAAAGACGACCCCAAGUUCCACUCCUAUGUCUCUCUGCCCUUUGGCUGUGUCAAGGGGGACACAGAGUACCGCCUCCUGCAAGCAGCGUACCUCUCCAAGCCAGGAGAUGUGCUGGCCAAGUCCCUCAACAUCACGGCCCAGGAGGACGUCCUCUUUGCCAUUUUCUCCAAGGGACAGAAGCAGUACCAUCAGCCACCCGAUGACUCUGCGCUCUGUGCCUUCCCCAUUCGCACCAUCAACGCUCAGAUCAAGGAGCGCCUGCAGUCCUGCUACCAGGGGGAAGGCAACCUGGAGCUCAACUGGCUCCUGGGGAAAGACGUCCAGUGCACUAAAGCGCCAGUCCCCAUCGAUGACAAUUUCUGCGGGCUCGACAUCAACCAGCCCCUGGGAGGCUCGACACCGGUGGAUGGCGUGACGCUCUUCACCUCGAGCCGGGACCGGAUGACUUCUGUUGCUUCCUACGUCUACAACGGCUACAGCGUGGUGUUCGUGGGGACUAAGACUGGCAAGCUAAAGAAGAUCCGAGCAGAUGGUCCUCCCCAUGGUGGAAUUCAGUAUGAAAUGGUGACAGUUUUCAAGGACGGGAGCCCAGUCCUUCGAGACAUGGCCUUCUCCAUCGAUCAGAAGUAUCUGUAUGUCAUGUCGGAGCGACAGGUGUCCCGGGUGCCCGUGGAGUCCUGCGAGCAGUACACGACCUGCGGGGAGUGCCUGAGCUCGGGAGACCCCCACUGCGGCUGGUGCACGCUCCACCACGUGUGCUCCCCGAGGGACAGCUGCGAGCGAGCAGACGAGCCGUACCGAUUUGCAGGCAGCAUCAGCCAGUGCAUGAGCGUCACCGUGCAGCCCAGCAGCAUCUCCGUCUCCGAGCACAGCCUCCCGCUCAGCCUGCUGGUGAGCGAUGCUCCGGACCUGACGGCUGGAGUCACCUGCCUCUUCGGAAACCUGACGGAGGUGGAAGGGCAGGUUUCAGGCAGCCGGGUUGUGUGUGUCUCACCAGCAGCAAAAGAUGUUCCUGCCAUACCUGUGGAUCAGGACUGGUUCGGCGUGGUGCUGCAGCUGAAGUCGCGGGAGACGGGGAGGACGUUUGUCAGCACGGAGUUCAAGUUCUACAACUGCAGUGCCCACCAGCUGUGCCUGUCUUGUGUGAACAGUGCUUUCCGCUGCCACUGGUGCAAGUACCGGAACCUCUGCACCCACGACCCCACCACAUGCUCCUUUCAGGAGGGACGGAUCAACGUCUCUGAGGACUGUCCCCAGCUCUUCCCCACAGAGGAGAUCCUGAUCCCGGUGGGAGAGGUGAAACCCAUCACGCUGAAGGCGAGAAACCUGCCCCAGCCCCAGUCCGGCCAGCGUGGGUACGAGUGUGUCCUGAGCAUCCAGGGUGUGAUCCACCGCGUGCCCGCCCUGCGCUUCAACAGCUCCAGCGUCCAGUGCCAGAACAGCUCGUAUCUCUAUGAUGGGAUGGACAUCAGCAACUUAGCAGUGGACUUUGCUGUGGUUUGGAAUGGGAACUUUGUUAUUGACAACCCGGAGGAUCUGAAAGUGCACCUCUACAAGUGCGCAGCCCAGCGCGAGAGCUGCGGGCUCUGCCUGAAAGCCGACCCCAAGUUCGAAUGCGGCUGGUGCAGCGGCGAGGCCAAAUGCACGCUGCGGCCGCACUGCAGCUCGCCCUCCGCCCAGCCCUGGCUCGACUGGUCCAGCAGGAACGUCAAGUGCUCCAACCCUCGCAUCACCGAGAUCCUGACAGUCUCAGGUCCCCCAGAAGGAGGGACGAGGGUGACCAUCCGUGGCGUGAACCUGGGCCUGGAUUUCUCCGAGAUCGCCCACGGGGUGCAGGUUGCUGGGGUGCAGUGCUCACCCCUGCCCGAGCAGUACGUCGUCGCAGAACAGAUCGUCUGUGAAAUGGGGCAGGCGCUUCCAGGGAUCAGCUCCGGCCCAGUGCUCCUGUGCAUCGGAGAGUGCAAGCCGGAGUUCACGGCCAAGUCCACGCAGCAGUACAUGUUCGUGACUCCAGCGGUGAGUUUCCUGAAUCCCAGUCGCGGUCCAGAGUCAGGAGGGACGAUGGUGACCAUCUCUGGGCACUACCUGGGAGCCGGCAGCCGUGUGUCGGUGCUCCUGGGAAACCAGACCUGCGAAUUCUAUGGGCGGUCCAUGAACGAGAUCGUCUGCAUGUCUGCCCCGUCAGCCCACGGCCUGGGGGCUGUUCACGUCUCCGUCAGCGUCGACCGGGCUCAGCUGGAGCGGACCUUGCUGUUUGAGUACAUCGACGAUCCGAAGGUGCAGCACAUCGAACCCGAGUGGAGCAUCGCCAGCGGAUACACGCCUCUGACCAUCACCGGCUCCAACCUGGACGUGAUCCAGGAGCCGAGGAUCCGCGUCAAGUACAACGGCAAGGAGUUCGUCAACGUCUGCAAGGUGGUGAACGCCACGGCGCUGGCCUGCCUCGCACCCCCCCUCACCCCCGAGUACCGGCCUGGCCUGGACGCCGUCGAGCGGCCAGACGAGUUUGGGUUUAUCUUUAACAACGUGCAGUCCCUCUUGGUCUACAACGACACCAAGUUCAUAUACUACCCCAACCCGACGUUUGAACUCCUGAGCCCGACUGGGGUGCUGGAGCAGAAGCCGGGGUCACCCAUCAUCCUGAAGGGCAGAAACCUGUGCCCACCCGCUCCUGGAGGAGCAAAGCUCAACUACACCGUGCUGAUCGGAGAAACACCCUGCGCUGUCACCAUCUCUGAGACCCAGCUGCUGUGUGAGCCACCAAAUCUCACCGGACAGCACAAAGUGAUGGUGCGUGUUGGUGGUAUCAUCUUCUCCCCUGGUUCGGUGAGCAUCAUCUCAGACAGCCUCCUGACCCUGCCGGCCAUCGUCAGCAUCGCCGCCGGAGGCAGCCUGCUCCUUAUCAUCGUCAUCAUCGUCCUCAUCGCCUACAAGCGCAAAUCCCGAGAGAACGACCUGACUCUCAAGAGGCUGCAGAUGCAGAUGGACAAUCUGGAGUCCCGGGUGGCCCUGGAGUGCAAGGAGGCUUUUGCAGAGCUGCAGACAGACAUAAAUGAAUUAACCAGCGACCUGGAUCGCUCCGGGAUCCCGUACCUCGACUAUCGGACGUAUGCCAUGAGGGUCCUUUUCCCCGGCAUCGAGGACCAUCCUGUCUUGCGGGAGCUGGAGGUCCAAGGGAACGGGCAGCAGAGCGUGGAGAAGGCCUUGAAGCUCUUUGCUCAGUUGAUCAACAACAAAGUCUUCCUGCUGACCUUCAUCCGAACGCUGGAGCUGCAGCGCAGCUUCUCCAUGCGCGAUCGCGGCAACGUGGCCUCGCUCAUCAUGACGGGUCUGCAGGGCAAGCUGGAGUACGCCACUGACGUGCUGAAGCAGCUGCUCUCCGACCUCAUCGAGAAGAACCUGGAAAACAAGAACCACCCCAAACUGCUCCUGCGCAGGACCGAGUCGGUGGCCGAGAAGAUGCUGACUAACUGGUUUGCCUUCCUCCUCCACAAGUUCCUCAAGGAAUGUGCUGGAGAGCCGCUCUUCAUGCUCUACUGUGCCAUCAAGCAACAGAUGGAGAAAGGUCCAAUUGAUGCCAUCACAGGAGAAGCCCGUUACUCCCUCAGUGAGGACAAGCUGAUCCGACAGCAAAUUGAGUACAAGACUCUGAUCCUAAACUGUGUGAACCCGGAUAAUGAGAACAGUCCAGAGAUCCCCGUGAAGGUGCUGAACUGUGAUACCAUCACUCAAGUCAAAGAGAAGAUCCUCGAUGCAGUAUACAAAAACGUCCCAUAUUCUCAAAGACCAAGAGCUGUUGACAUGGACUUGGAGUGGCGGCAGGGCCGGAUAGCUCGUGUGGUCCUGCAAGAUGAAGACAUCACCACCAAGAUUGAAGGAGAUUGGAAGCGCUUGAACACCUUGAUGCAUUAUCAGGUAUCAGACCGCUCAGUUGUGGCUCUCGUUCCCAAACAGACCUCUUCCUACAAUAUUCCUGCCUCUGCCAGUAUAUCCCGGACAUCUAUUAGUAGAUACGACUCCACCUUCCGCUACACCGGCAGCCCCGACAGCCUGCGCUCCCGGGCCCCCAUGAUCACCCCCGACCUGGAGAGCGGAGUCAAGGUCUGGCACUUGGUCAAAAACCAUGACCAUGGAGACCAGAAGGAAGGAGACCGGGGCAGUAAGAUGGUGUCUGAGAUCUACCUGACGAGGCUAUUAGCUACAAAGGGUACGCUGCAGAAAUUUGUGGACGACUUGUUUGAGACGCUGUUCAGCACCGUGCACCGCGGCAGCGCGCUCCCACUGGCCAUCAAGUAUAUGUUCGAUUUCUUGGAUGAGCAGGCAGAUAAGCACGGCAUCCAUGACACAGAUGUGAGGCACACAUGGAAGAGCAAUUGCCUCCCUCUCCGAUUCUGGGUGAACGUAAUCAAAAACCCCCAGUUCGUGUUUGAUAUCCACAAAGGCAGCAUCACGGACGCCUGCCUCUCUGUUGUGGCUCAGACCUUCAUGGAUUCCUGCUCCACCUCGGAGCACCGCCUGGGCAAGGAUUCCCCCUCCAACAAGCUGCUGUAUGCCAAGGACAUCCCCAGCUACAAGAGCUGGGUGGAGAGGUAUUACGCAGACAUCGCCAAGCUCCCCGCCAUCAGCGACCAGGACAUGAACGCCUACCUCGCCGAGCAGUCGCGCCUGCACUCCGUCGAGUUCAACAUGCUGAGCGCGCUCAACGAGAUCUACUCCUACGUCAGCAAGUACAGCGAGGAGCUCAUUGGGGCUUUGGAGCAGGAUGAACAGGCACGUAGGCAGCGUCUGGCAUACAAAGUAGAGCAACUUAUUGGUGCCAUGUCUAUUGAGAGCUGAAGAAAGGUUGCGGUGCUCACGGACGGCAAAGGGCAGAGGAUUGCACGGACUCUCGGGAAUUAAGAGGGAGAACAAGCAAGAAAGGCACUGGACACAUAUAAAUACCAAGGCUCUUCUCGGGGGAGCAGAGACUGGCCCAAGGACUGACUGUGUUCAAAAUCGUAUAGGAUCUGGUUUGAAAAGGCAGGAAGAGAAAAAGAGAAAGCAUCUCAAUCAAAGUCAAAUCAAGAUGGAUCAUUUUUUCGAGCAUACAUAGAAAGAAGGAACCUGGAAAGUCUGGAUGUCUCCAUGACUGCUGCUUUGCAUGAAAAUUGUUUGAUGUAUAUUAGAAAAUAAAACUUUAUUUAAAGGGUUUUUUUAAAAAAAAAGGAAAAAAAAAAAGGAAAAAAAAAAAAAGAAAUAGAGCAAAAACCACAGAGGCCACAGAGAUAAUCCUGGCAACAAGGUUCAGCUCUGAAUCCUGUCCUCAAGAGACUCCUGAGGACGCGGCUCAAGCAUUCUGCGAACGGACUCUUACACCAAUUGGAAAGUUUGGAAAACCGAAAUUUUCUUCUUUUUGGGAUCUUAUAAAGAAUAUGAGCACAAGUUUGCACCACACCUUUUUACACAAGUAAAAUAGCAGUUUAGCCAGAAAAUAGUUCAGUGGCUGAGUAACUUAUAGGCACUAGAAGGAACUUUACCUGAAUUGCAAAACCAUCAGAUCAUCCGACCUGUCUUGAAAUCCAGCUUUAUCUAUGUAUUUAUAUAGUGUCAAUAUAUCUAUAUUUUUUUUAAAUCCCAUUUACUGUUGAACAAGGAAAGAUCUGGUUUUAAAUGCUUUCCCCUUUUCCACCCCCAUUCCGCCUCGCCGGACGCCGGUGCCGCUGCGGUGAUCCGGCAGCACCCCGCGCGGCGGUGUGGCCGCGGUGGUGCCCGGCCGCCGUCGGCGCGUUGCCGGUUUCUGCAGGUACAAUUUGCGCAGAAGCGACCGGCUGCCCUCUCCCCAUCGGGCAGAGCUGGGGUGAAGCCUCCUUGGUUGCGUUUUGGUGGUAGUUUCUGGCAGCCGCCUCUGAUUUCUUGCAGUAAAAACCAACAAACCCCCAAUGUUUACAGUGAGCGAUACUUGAAAAGACUCGACGUAGCGAGAUGAGAUAUUUAUUGCUUUUCUGUUUGGCUUGCAGAGUUGAUCAGCACAGGAUCCCUUUGAGUUUCUCUGCCAGCAUUCGUGGUGUUGCCCGGGGUCAGGCGCAGGACUUGUAUUUCCACUGGGGAGGGGAAAGAAAUCUUUGCUCUAGGCAAGGGAAGACCUUAACCAGCACUCCACAGGCCAGCUAGCGCUGUCGUCUUGUCUCUGUCUCGGCGUCUCGUUGUGAUAUUUGGUUCCUUGCUGGCCCCGACAGGCACAUGUUCUUGUGGCCAGUGACAGGCAAAUGUUUGUGAGUGUUAUUUCUUUCAAAGACACCAAAGCUUAUGUGUGUCCCUUUGUAGAGUGCCAGGAGGGGAAGGAAUGCUGUAAAUAUUUCUCUCUGUAAUAAAUAUUGAUAUUUGUGCAGGCUGCAGUGGGGAGGACAGGGUGGUUAGGUCUAAUGGAAAUACAAGUAUUGACUGCAUGAGCUUGGCAGUGGCAGCAAAAUAGCUCCCAGCUUCUGCUCAGCCCUGCCCGGGCAGUGCCAUGCCGGCCUGGGACCUUAGUUUGCAGCUGGUGUGUGUCGAAGGAAAAUCCAUUUUCAUAUCCAUCCCCUUCCUCCACCGUUCCUGCCCAGAGGAGCCCGGGAGGGUCACCGCGGGCUCCCCGUGCACCGGGAGAGCUGCUGGCUUUUGGUCUCAAGACACAGUUCUAAGGGGAGCCAGCAACAGGGGAGGGGAGAAGCAUGUAGAGAAAUACUCAGGAAACUUGUUGUUUUAAUGACCGUUCAGUAAAAGCCAUGCCGAGUCCGCUUUCUUUUGGUAAUCCACUUUUGUGAGUUUCACUGGGCCCUAUUAAUACUCUGGAAGAAAAUACUAAUGAUAAUGAUCAACAUUGUGCAAUAAGUUCUUGACAUUUACAACAGCCUGAGCCUUUUAACUGGAGGGCUUGGAUUUACUGAGACAUGGAGAGAGCUGGCAGAAACAGAGAAACUGAAAGCAGAGCAGGAUUCGUACUGCCUGUUGUCGGGAGAGUUCCCUUCCCAGGGAUCCUUCUCCUGUGCAGUGAAUCUAAUUUCACAGACAGAAAAUGUGCAAAUGUCCGCGUUGUCCUAUUAAAGUCUGGCAUCCCGGAGCCCAGCGCCGCGGACGUGGUGAAUGAGCCGUCAUUGUGGCAGCCGCCAGCCUGCCCUGCUCUUUGCUGCUGGUCUUACAGGGGAUUGCAGAGUGUCAGGUUUUGAAAUCCUCCAGGGCUCAUUUUUUACGGGUUUCUGUUACUGCUUUUCACAGUGAUCCGGCAUGAAGCUUAUGUGGGUGAUUUCCAGAUCUAUAUUCUAGUUGUGGUCAUUGUUUUGGGUAUUCAGAUCGUUCACCAAAUUCUUAUGGUACUCUGAAACCCAAAGAAAGCAUUCCAAAUGGCUUCGAGAUGGUUUCCAAACACUUCUAAAUAUUAGUCUGAAUAGUUAUGUCUGCAGGAUUCACAAAAUAUGAGUGCUGCCCAAAGCAAAGACCUGGCUUUUCAUCACCUGGGUGCUGGUGAAUGUGUGCUUGCCCUACAGCCCGCGUCAGGCCCUCGUGGUCCUCUUUUCUUCACAUCUAUUGGAGAGGCUUUUGCGUAGCUGCUUUUAAGCCUACUUUCCUCCUCCUGCUCUCUACCUUCUGGCCAGGAGCAUCCCAUAAACAAACAUUUUGUCACUCCCCCCUCCCCAGUAUUUUCUCAGCAAAGACGGAGGUCCCCAAGCAUCCCCUGGGUACCCUGGCAAGGGGUUUGCCGAGCAGUGCUGAGGGUGGGUGCUGCAGCGACCCAGCCGCGAUGCCAGCGAUGCCGGUGACCAGUCUCUUCCACGUCUUGGCUGCUUGGCUGGUUUGCCCUUUAACAGCCUCUCCCCCUUCCCCUGGCAGGAGCCUGGGAAAGGGCCCGUAAACUGGGAUUAUCCUGGAAGAUAAAGAUGAGGGGG